CCCACCGAUGGUAUGGACAUUUUCGUGCAGUCCGAUAAAGUUCGAUUCCCAAGCACUCGAGAGGUACGUCCAACAACUCGUUGAUUUCCCACCAGAACGAGAUGAGCAACAAGUCCCGCGCGGGUGGAGAUGUCCGAGAGCCGUUGCUGCCGCUGGGAGCGAAUGUCAAGGUCGCGCCGCCGUAUGGCUCCCCGGCCAACACGCGCGAUGCAUACACGCGCAAGCUCGGCUACGUCCCGUUGAUCUUUCAGCGCAUGGUGAACUUUGUCACGACGCCACGCAAGAUGGAUCGCGCCACAACCCAUGGCGAGGCCGAAGCAAGCUCGUUCCCGCAUCAUCAAGACGGCUCGUCGUCGUCGAUGUUUAUCCCACCACCGGGAUCUAUCCGUGGUUCCAUCUUCAACUUGAUGGGAGCGACGUUGGGAGCCGGCGCACUCAGUCUCCCGUACGCUGUCGCCGUGUCGGGAGUCGGGUUUGCCUUGGCACAGCUCUUCCUCGCGGCGUUUCUGACGAUUUACUCGAUCAGUCUUCUCAUGCGCGCGGGGGACAUCACCAAACUCAAGUCGUAUGAAGAUCUGGCGAUGUACUGCUUUGGCAAGCGCGCCGAAUUGUUUGUCGAGGUGUGCAUCAUGGUGUUCAGCUUUGGCAUUGCGGUGGCGUACCUUGUGACGCUCGGGGACUUGAUUACGCCGUUGGGUUUGCUCGUUUUCGGGCCCGACAGCAUCUGGAGCACCCGUUGGUUCCUUAUGUCGUUGUUCUGCGCCACCAUCAUGUGGCCGCUGUCGCUGUUGCGAGACAUGACGUCGCUCCAGUUCUCGUCCAUGCUCGGUGUCUUUUCCAUCAUUUUCCUCGUCGUUGCCGUUGCGAUUCGUUCCGGCAUGCACAUCCACCAAGACGGCGUAUCACCAUCGCUCGAUUGGGGCAUGAAUGUAUCCCACGGUCCGGACUUUAUGCUGUCAGUUCCGAUUGUCAUGUUUGCCUUCACCAACCAGCCAAAUGUGUUUUCCAUUUUUACGGAAUUGCAACGCCCUUGCAUUCGUCGCAUGUCCAAGGUUGUCGACCGAGCCGCGUACGCAUCGCUGUCGAUUUACGUUGUCAUUGGUUUGGUGGCGUACGUUGCGUUUGGCCACUCGUUGGCCGACCCCGUCGUGAAAGGCAACAUUUUGCUGAGCUUUCCCAUGUCGGACGUCCUGAUUGCAUUUGCGCGAGCAGCGAUCACGUUUACGGUCGCGGUCGCAUAUCCGAUGAACAUUUUCCCGUGCCGGUUUAGCAUCGACAUGAUGUUUUUUGCUCAAGCAAAAGAGUCGUUGGUUCGUCACGUGGUUGUGUCGACAGGCUUGGUGAUAACGUCGCUCGUGUUGGCGAUUUUUUGCCCCAACAUCAACGUCAUUUUCGGCAUCAUUGGCGGCACGUGCUCGAGCGUCGUGUGCUUUUGUUUCCCGGCUGCUUUCGUCUUGAAAUUGGAGCCCGGUCCAAUCUGCAGCCGGGCCAAGCUUGGCCCGUUGGUCCUCUUCAUCGGGUCGGCCAUCAUUGGCAUCGUCAGCACCGGCGUCACGAUUUGGUCCAACUUUUAUGCCAAUUAACGACCAACACGUUGCCAUGACACGUUUGCCA